ACGGACUGUGGGAACAGAGGGAGUCACGUGGAGGCGAGGAUCAACAACCCGCAGCAAACCGUCCACAUCUGGAGGAAAGGUCAGAGCGCAGGGCGAAGGCGUGCUCCGUUACCAAGGCGACGGUCAGCUAACAGGGCACGCUAGCGAGGCUAAGCUAGCAGCCGUGCCACAGCGGUUUACCGACGUGUCCGGACGCUGCGACGCUUAAAUAAGAGUUCGAUUUUCCAGCGGAAGAUUCAAACGUGUCGCCCAGAUGCUGUGGAUCAUCUCUGCACACGCGGCGGCUGAGAAUCCGAGGAAUGAAGCGCUACAAAACAAUCAAGAAAAUCGGAGAGGGCACUUUUUCAGAGGUGUUAAAAACCCAGAGCCUGAAAGAUGGGAAGUUCUACGCAUGUAAAACCAUGAAGCAGACGAUUAACAGUCUGGAACAGGCUCACAACCUGCGGGAGGUCCAGGCGAUGAAGAGACUGAGCCCGCAUGCAAAUAUCAUCCAGCUACAUGAGCUGAUUUUCGACAAAGAAACUGGGACAGUGUCUUUGAUUUGUGAGCUGAUGGAGAUGAACAUCUAUGAGUAUAUACUGGGGAGACACACUCCACUGCCUGACCACACAGUAAAGAAUUACAUGUACCAGUUGUGCAAGUCCCUUGAACACAUGCACAGCUGUGGGAUCUUUCACAGAGACGUGAAGCCAGAAAACAUUCUCAUCAAACAAAAUGUCCUGAAGCUCGGGGACUUUGGCUCCUGUCGGAGUGUGUACUCCAAGCCGCCGCACACAGAGUACAUCUCCACGCGCUGGUACAGAGCUCCAGAGUGCCUCCUCACUGACGGAUACUACAGCCUGAAGAUGGACAUCUGGAGCGCUGGCUGUGUUUUCUUCGAGAUCAUGAGCUUGAAUCCACUCUUCCCUGGAGCAAAUGAGUUGGACCAAGUCACCAAGAUCCACGACGUGCUGGGAACGCCAGAUCAAGCUCUUCUCCAAAAGUUCAAGCAAUCAAAAGCGAUGCACUUCAACUUCCCUCCCAAAAAAGGCACCGGUAUCUCACGAUUGAUCCCCAACUGCCCAGCGCCGGCUCUGUCACUGCUCUAUCAGAUGCUCGCCUAUGACCCCAAUGAACGCAUCUCUGCAGAAACAGCCCUGCGGCACACAUACUUCAGAGAAAUCAGGCUGGCAGAGAAGAACGCCGACUCUCUCCACAGAGUUUCUGCGGCUAUCGAUGGAGUAGAGAGUAGUGGGACACACAGCUCCAUAGAGCACAUAUGGCGCCCGACCAAAUUUGGCAAACAGCUGAGGGGAAGACAUGUACGACAAACACCGUUAAUGAGUAACAACAUGAAACAUGUAGCAGAGCCCCUCAUCAAACGCAACAUCCCUCAUUACACCACAGAGUUGCCCAAGCUCAACGUGGUCGUCCCGCGGCCACAGAUCCCCUUCCCCGUCUCCACCAUGCCUGCGUUCACCGUCACUCACCGAGGCACACUGCCAGCCCUCACCUCUAAGAAGUGCCAGUCACAGUUGGCCAAGCCCCGGGAUGAGUCACACCACGCAGCUUUGAAGACCCACUACAUGCCACCUCUGGACAGGAAACACAGAGGCUACUGAGCCAAAACACGUCAGCUUCAGAUUUAAACUCUGAGCCUCUUACUGUACUGAGAAAACAGAGGACGGGCCUGAUGUUGAGAUGUGUGAAGCGACGCAAAGAUGUGUGAGAAGGAUAUGCAAUGAAGAAGAAUGCAGAGUCUUUCAACUUACCAAUAACAACUGCGACACCCAACAGUUCAGUGUGAUCUCUACACAGACAGUAAUAGAUUCUGUCAUAUUAUGUUGGACUGAGGACGGGUUCGUUUAGUUUGACUUAGUCAGGUGAUACAUUUUUACGACAGUGGAGACUUCAGUCUGAGCCUGUUACACAAGCUGAGCAAUAAGAUAUUUGAUAACAAGUCAAGGAACUUAAAUGGUGCAACAUGAUCAACUUCAAAAAUAAUAGUAGUUUUAAAAAGGUGUCCCGCCGUUUGGAUCUGUUCCAGUUGUUAUUUCAUAACUUUUAAACACAAACUAUUAGAUAAGCAUAUUAUGUCCAAAGUAAGUCACUUAAAUGUAAAGUCUCUACAAUCUGUAGAAGUAUUUCUCACCUUCUGCUGUGACAAACCUAAAAUACUCUCAGACUUUGAAGGAAGCAUAAAAAAAUUAAAUUACACACAGCAGCUUUAAUCAAUAAGCUGUGAGUCAAAGUUGUCAAGCAAUGAAACAUGAGGAAGUCCAGGGGCAGGGAUGAAAACGUGUCACAGGUAAAAUAUAAGGUCAUAUAUAUUGGAAGAGAGUCCUUCCAGUAACAAUGAAUCAGUUCCUCCAGAGAAACUGAUUAAAGCGGCAGAAGUCUUCCUGUGCAAAAGUAAACAGCGAAAACAUUCACAGUAAGUGCUUCACAAUGAUUCUACACUAUCAGAAGUAAUUUAAGGCACAUUUUGUCACCCAGCUGUAAAUAAAAUAAAAAAAACAAUGCAAACCACAAAAAAAAACACAAUUGGAAGUUAAUAACUAAAUAAUUACUUUUUAGAUCAGGACAUGAAAACUGUAUUUGUUACAGGCUUUUAGAAAGAAACAUAACAUUGCAGGUUGUGAUUUUAAAAAAAGCCCAAAUCAGAUUUUUUUUUUUGCUAUGUUCAGAAUGUAGCUUCACUAAUCCCCUCGUACCCCCUCACUUACAAUAAUGUGGCUUUAAAAAGCUGUGAGCUCAUAAAUAAUGAACCGUGACAAAAUCUGCACUUUAUUGUGAUGGAUUAUCACAGUAAAAAGAAGAAGGAAUCAAGUAUUGUUUGUAUGUUGUUAUUAACCUAAAAUAAUUAAUAAUUUAAUCUCUGACGUGUCUGAAACAACUCGACACACACGUGCUGAAAUUAAUGAAGUGUGAUUAUUUUGUAAUGUUUAAUAAAGAGGGAAAUGUAAAAUGAAUUCCUGAAUGUCUUUAAUGUUUGAACUCUUCACUGCGUCUACGAUGACUGGUUAAAGCACACAAAUACAGUAAUGUUGUUACUCCUCCAUUCACGUGGCUAAAAUCCUUCUGAGACAUGUCGGAGGAUAUCGAGCUCCAUGUUUUCUUCUAAAAAUAUUUUUUUGACUGAGUCUUUUGAGAUUCUACCAUUUUCUGUGAAGCUUCCUGAGUCUUCCGUACUUGAAAGCUCAUUCUUCAUGAC